AUGGCUGGAGAGACAAACAACGAUGGAAACAAUCCUGACCCUCAAGCUGCCUUGUUACUCAUGCUAACGGAAAUAAGAGCUGAACUACGAGGUUUUGGAGAGAGAAUUGAUCGCUUAGAACAGCCUCAACCAAGAGGACCCAAUUUGAGCAAGGACGGCAACAAGCAAGGAGGAAUGUUCAGCGUAACAACCAAUGAGACGAAGAGGAUUCUGGUGAUGACAGCAUGUUCGAGGCAGAAGAAGAUAUUCUCUUUGAUCCAUUAA